AGCAGAUCCAGCUGAACUCUUUUGGCACAUUUUACGAAUGGAAAACCUGGAUGUGAUGGAAAGCAGUCUGCUUCCAUACAGGACUUCAGGAUGAGGGUAUCAGCAGCGCCCUCUGGCGGCACAACCUGCACCAUCGUGACGUCAAUUCAGCACUGGGAAGGAGACAGCUCCCUCCCUCCCUCCCUCCCCCCAAAACCCAGCGCGCCUCACGUUGCUCGGGUCCCCAGCACUUGAUAACACAUUUUACCCUCUGGCUUCCAUCCCAGUGACGUGAAACUCGUGGAUCUAACGGCGGUGGAAAUGCGAGAGCCAUCCCGAAGCGAAGACAAACACCGACGGGCUCCUUGACACGGACACAUACAAAGCCGAGCCCACCCCUUCACUUGACAACGCGACAUCCAGCAGGCAGAAAGACUUUCUUCCAAGCUCUUCCUCCUCCAUCCACCCUAACUUGAAGUGUUGGGGAAACCCCUGAUGAGUGGGACCUGUAUCCAUGAGCCCCGUGCCCCUUCCCCCUCCCUGUCAGGCUUCAGCACACCCCUCUCUGAACCCCCAUAUCGAAGACUCGAUGGAGACACCCCUGCUUGCACCCCGGAAACGGACCUGACCCCCACACAGUGUGUUCUCCGCAACGUGCUGUCCAUCGACACCGGUGGACAGGGGGCGCCCAGCGGCAGCAGCCCCACUCCCAGUGAUGGACCCACAGCCCACUUUGACAACAGCGUGCUAAAAUUACAUGAACAUGAGGCCUGCCACUGCGGCGGCGGCGCCGAAGCAGACCACAGUCCGGAGGCUGGAGCCGUCCGGAGCCAGUCGGAGAGCAUUCGGCUACAGUCGGGGAGUGGAGGGUUUUUGGAGGGAUUGUUCGGCUGCCUAAAGCCAGUGUGGACCAUGAUUGGAAAGGCCUACUCCACUGAACACAAACAUAACCAAGAAGAAUCCUGGGAGGUUCCUUUCGAGGAAAUCUCUGACCUGCAAUGGGUGGGCAGCGGCGCUCAGGGGGCUGUCUUCCUCGGAAAGUUUCACGGAGAGGAGGUGGCCGUGAAAAAAGUGCGGGACAUCAAAGAGACGGAGAUCAAACACCUGCGCAAACUCAAGCAUCCCAACAUCAUUACCUUCAAGGGCGUGUGCACCCAGGCUCCCUGUUACUGCAUCCUGAUGGAAUACUGCGCUCAAGGCCAGCUGUACGAGGUGCUCAGGGCGGGCCGUAAAAUCACUCCCUCCCUCCUGGUGGACUGGUCCAUGGGCAUUGCGGGUGGGAUGAACUACCUACACCUCCAUAAAAUCAUCCACAGAGACCUCAAAUCCCCAAAUAUGCUAAUCACACACGAUGACCUGGUGAAGAUCUCUGACUUUGGCACCUCAAAGGAGCUCAGUGACAAGAGCACCAAGAUGUCGUUUGCUGGCACGGUUGCCUGGAUGGCUCCUGAGGUCAUCCGGAACGAGCCGGUGUCAGAAAAAGUGGAUAUUUGGUCUUUUGGAGUUGUUCUAUGGGAGAUGCUAACUGGAGAGAUCCCAUACAAAGACGUGGACUCCUCUGCCAUCAUCUGGGGGGUGGGAAACAACAGCCUCCAGCUACCGAUCCCAGAGAGCUGCCCAGACGGCUUCAAGAUCCUCCUCAGACAGUGCUGGAACUGUAAGCCCAGAAAUAGACCUUCUUUUCGUCAGAUUCUUCUUCAUCUGGAUAUAGCCUCAGCUGAUGUACUAUCAACCCCACAGGAAACAUACUUUAAGUCUCAGGCUGAAUGGCGAGAGGAGGUGAAACAGCACUUUGAGAAGAUUAAAUCCGAGGGCACUUGUCUCCACCGACUCGACGAGGAACUGAUCAACCGACGCAGAGAGGAGCUCAGGCAUGCUUUGGACAUCCGUGAGCACUACGAGAGGAAACUGGAGAGAGCUAACAACCUCUACAUGGAGCUGAGCGCCGUCAUGCUGCAGUUGGAGCUCAAAGAGAAGGAGCUGCAGAGGCGAGAGCAGUCUUUGGAUAAAAAGUAUCCGGGUUUGUUUAAGCACCACAGCUCCAGACAAGGCAGCUCCUCCAACUCCAUGGACAAAAUCAUCAAGAAGAGAAAUGUCCCGCAGAAACUGCCCUCUGGAAAGAGGCCAGACAUCCCUAAAUCUGAAUUAAUCAUUCCCAAAAUGGAUUCCUCCGUCAUGCAAGUCACGUUCCCGACCUGCCCCAACAGAGGCUCCACCUCUCCCAGCCGGUCUAGGAGAGUAAAGACUCGCCAUCGUAAGCCUGGCAAGGGCAGCAGUGGGGAUCUGGCUGGACUGAAAGCCAAUCAGCCGUCCCCGAACAGGGACACGACUGCCCAGAGUAACAGUUCAACCAACAACACCUCGAAGCAGCACCUGGAGCCCUCUGCGGCGCUGCGAGGCCUCGGCCACGAGCAGCAGCAGAGGCAGCUGUCCUCCUCCAGCCCUGACCUCAUCUGCAACACGCUGGAGGCGGACGGCCAGGGGAAGAGAGAGGCCCCUGUGAGCGGGCGGGAAAGAGGGGGCAGCCUGGGCGCCUCUCCUGGUUUAGGGGUUUCAGAGGGGGGAGCAGCCGGUCUGGACGAUCUCACUGAAACCCCUCCGAGAAGCGACACCCCCAGUGAGGACGCCGCGUCGUUUCCAUUCUCCAGCAGUCCAGACUCGCCAUGCGGGAAGGGGGCAGCAGCAGGGAGAGGAUCCCUUGGAUCUCCUCGUCUGCCCCACGAUGGGGAGGACAAGGAGGAUGGGGCCGGCGCCGUGAGGCUACCUCGGGGGGCAUCGGGGGGAAUCGGAGGCCAACACCUGACACCUUCAGCCAUUUUGUACAGGGCAGCUAUCACACGCAAACAGAGGCGUGGAGUGUCAUCGGAAGAGGAGGAAGGUGAAGUUGACAGUGAGUUUGAGUUGCCACGGAGACGACGCCCGACCAGCAUUACCAAAUGCCAGUCGGUGUCCACAUUCAGCUCAGAGAACCUGUCAGUGUCGGACGGCGAGGAGGGUCACACCACCGACCACUCCCACAGCGGCACUCCGGAUGUGGUCAGCACCAACACAGAUGACAAGCUGGACGACCGCAGUGACGACCUCCUCUCUCAGGGAUCCGAGAUCCCCGUGGACAACACUGAUCCAGCGCAGGCCUCUGACGGCCUGUCUGAGAGAGAAGGCGGGUCGGGGCAGGCCAAAGCCCAGCAUGAGGCCGGACAGAAUUCUAAUGAGAGCCGGGUUCUGUGCGACGACUCCGACUGCGACAGCGCCGAGCUGGACCAGUCGGGGAGCGGGGAGCCGAGCCGUCCUCCCAGCGCCGGAGCGUGGGCGUCGCCGUCUCAGCCCUACCAGGGUUCUCCACAGACGCCCAACACAGGACCUCCGUAGACAAGCAAAGACCACCAAGAGUGGAGAACAUUUCCGUUUGGCGUGAGGGAUCUCCCCCGGAUCACACUCAGACUAUGAUAAGCUGAUUUAUGAUGUCUGAAGACUGGCAGGUAAAUCUGCAUCAGAGGACAUUCAUCAUAACAUCAGAUAUUUUGGCAGCUUGUGGGAUAAGGUUCAUGUCAUACUGGUUAGGUAGGAUUUAGGCGAACUAUAAAAAACAAAACGUAGGUCACCACGGUUACCAUUUCUCCUGUUUUGCAAAAAUCCUUCCUGAGAUGCACAAGUAAAUACCAGACACUAAGUCCUUUAAGUACUAACCCAUCACUCUGGGAGCAUCCUCCAUUUAUACUCAAAGACACGAAUGCAUCAAGUACUAAUGAAUAAUAAUGUAAAUAUUCAUGACAUACCACAUGGAAAAUAUCUAACUUUAUUUUGUUUGUAAGAUAAAUUGUAUGACUUAAAACGGUAUGCAGCCCUGUGAACAAAUGCAUGACUAUAUGUUUAUAAUUUAUGGUUCGAAAGUGUCCGUUUUAUAUUUUGUGAAAGUUUACACUUUUUUAAUCCUGAAAGUAUUAUUUCUGCAUUUGUUUCUUUUUGUAAAUGACUGCACUUAAAGAAAAAGAAGAAAAAAAAGUAAAUGAAUGAAUAUGUUACCAAAACACUGAUCAUGAUGCAUAGCUAGGGAUCUCAAUAUACAUAAAUAUAUAUUUUUUAUUUAAACUCCCUGCUACAAAGUUGGAAACUCACAACUACAAACGUGUUGUGUCUUUGAGUUGAACAAACCUGGAGACUUUUAGGUUCACUGAACAGACAUCUCUGACAUUAACCCAUUGUGUUGGAGCACAGCGACCUUACAGGAGACUUAUUUAGAAUGUUGUUUUAUAUCUGCAUCAGAAUCCGUGGGAUGUUAAACAUAAUAGGAGCAUCUGCGUGUUCAGCAAUUCUAGAAAAAUCUGCAUCGUCUAUGGUGGGACUGUUACAUAUAAGCAAUGUGCAAUUUAAUCACCUUAAUUGAAUUGUUAAUGUUGCAGGUCUUUCAAUCAUUUGACCUUUAACACUAAGCACUAAGUGCAGGAUGACCAAUGUCAGCCACACAAUAGAUUCAUAUAAAUAACUAAUGGUGGUAUUGGCAGAUUAUUACUUUACAUACUCAUGUAAACUGCCACAUUACCCACAAUGCAUCACUUUGUUGAGAAUAGAGUAAAGGGGGCACAGAGCUAACUGAUUGCUGGUUUUCCCCACAUAGUUUCCAGCCAAGUGAAUGGUAUGGUGUCACAUUUAUGACAAAAGUAGUAGCGGGAUUCUUCUUCUGGUCAAUUCAGUCGCCAAUUUUACACGGUACGGAUAUCGCCCGAUUUUGGUAUUUUGGGAACAGACGACGUGAGUGUUCCGAGAAUCAAAAGCUUCAAGUGUUUGAGGUGGGACCAGCGAAGCCCACAUGGUCAAAUUGAGAAAUCUGAUUGGUUAGUUUGUAACUUGAAUAACUAGCGAUAAAGAAAAUAUAUUAUAAUUAUGGAAAAAAAUUAGGUUUAGCAAGAAAAUGUAAAAAAAAAAGACACACUACAACACACUACUUUACAGAAUGAUUAAUAGCUGUUUAUUUUUCAAUAGAAAUCUGUGGGAUUUUGGCUUUCUGGUACUUCCUGUUUGUGACACAAGGGGGAGGGGCUGAUCGGUCCAGUCCUCUUUGUACUGUCUAUGGCAGGGGUGUCAAAUCUAAAACACACCUCAUGUCGAACGCUGAAAAACAUAAGCAUUUAUUAAACACACUAAAACUACUUUUUUAAAACUUUAAAAGUGUAACUUUUUAACAUUACUAUGAAUAAUAAAAAGGCAGGAAUAUAUUAAUUAAUGUUUAAUAUUUUACUCUCCAUAAA